AUGUACAUGAAAUUUUGGCAAUACUCACUCGUCGAACCCGAUGGCUCUAUACGCACAGUCGACUACACUGCCGAUCCCAUAAACGGUUUCAACGCUGUUGUCACGAAAUCUGGACCCACAGUGCAUGCACAAGCGUUAGUACCUGGACCACAUGUUGCGCCAGCGCCAGUCGUAGUGCCAGCACCAGCGCCGUAUGCCCCAAAACCGUACGCACCCAUCGCUCCCAUCCACUACGACUACGACGAUUACGGUCAUGGUGCUCAAUACGAAUACGUGCCCCAAUAUAACGGUCAUUAUGGUGGCGGCGCCGGCUACAACGCUCACUACGACGGACACUAYGGUGGACACCACGGCGGUCACUAUGGCGGCCACUAUUGAGCGYGCGGCAGCAGCGCUCCCAGCUGAGUACUACACUUUUCGGCUACGUUAAUUGCAUUCGUUCACCAGCAGCAGCAAUUGACACUUCAAGCCACUAUAUUUUUUCCACGYAUAUCUUCCAUACUUACUUACUGCCUACAACUUACUCACCAAAUGCUUUGUACCCUUCAUAUAUUUUAUAACUGAAGCUAUUUACCGUCAAUGUCCAUCAAAGUAGUUCAUAAGUUUGUAUUGUUUACUUUUUAGUUUAUUUUUUUUUUUUAGUUUUGUUUUGGUUUUUGUAAUCAUAUUUUUAUUGUAUUAUUGGUUGUUGUACGUUAUGUAUAUUGUGUGCAAGCUUUAAAUUUUCAUUGCCGUACGUAUAUCCACCAUAUUUGUAACAAAAUAAUAUUUAUAAUGAACGUAUGUAUGUAAGUAAAGAAGAUGAUGUACAAUAUAUCAUUUUUAUGUAAUUUUUUUUUAAUGUAUAAUAAAGAAAUUUUUUUGUAAUGCGACAA